AUGAUUCUAACAAAGUACGAAGCGGAGGCGUCCACAAUUGACAAGGACCCGAUUCCCUUGGCGAUUUCUGACUUUGACAGAUCAAACGAGAGGUACACAGAGUAUAAACCGAUAGACCACGAAGAUCACGACAGCCACGACACAGAUUACGAAAGGAAAGCCGACGAGAAGAUAAAAAAGCCAUGCUCCAUUGUAGUUUUAUCUCAUAUUCAAAAUCCAAGCAUGCAGUCUUUGUUGAGAAAAUACAGAUAUGAUUCAAAUGGGAUACUGAUACCAGGCAGCGUAAAAUAUUUCAUCAAACUACCACAAGGGUUGAAAUCGUCGCCUUUACUAGUGCCUUUGAACGAUAGAGCCUUUUCGCCCUUGGGAAGUUUUGUAAGAUAUUAUAAGGAAGUGCCACCGAUCCCUCAAGCAUGGUGA